AUGGCGCUGACAGGAGAGAUCUCAGGCAACACGGACGACAUCCCCCUGGUGCGCUGGCGGCAGCAGUGGCUGGAGAAUGGCACGUUGCUCUUCCACAUCCACCACCAAGAUGGGGCCCCCAACCUGCCCGGCUUCGACCCCACAGAGGAGCCCCAGACCGAGUCGGCAGAGGAGGAGCUGAGGAUCCUCCACAUCUCCGUCAUGGUACGUGGGAGUGAUAAUGCCAAGCUGUCCCUGAUGAACAAGUACAAGGACAACAUCAUUGCCACCAGCCCCGUGGACUCGAACCACCAGCAGGCCACGCUGCUGUCCCACACCUCCAGCAGCCAGCGCAAGCGCAUCAACAACAAAGCGCGAGCUGGCUCAGCAUUUCUCAACCCCGAGGGGGACUCAGGGACAGAGGCGGACACCGAUCCCCAGCUGACCUUCUACACAGACCCCUCGCGGAGCCGGAGGCGCAGCCGAGUGGGGUCCCCCCGGAGCCCUGUGAACAAGACCACCCUGACCCUCAUCAGUGUGACGAGCUGUGUCAUCAGCCUGGUGUGCUCUUCCCACAUGAACUGCCCCCUUGUUGUCAAGAUCACCCUCCAUGUCCCUGAGCACCUCAUCGCUGAUGGGAGCCGGUUCAUCCUGCUGGAGGGGAGCCAGCUGGAUGCCAGCGACUGGCUGAACCCAGCCCAGGUCGUCCUCUUCUCCCAGCAAAACUCCAGCGGGCCCUGGGCCCUGGACCUCUGUGCCCGGCGCCUCCUCGACCCCUGUGAGCACCAGUGUGACCCCGAGACUGGUGAGUGUCUCUGCUAUGAAGGGUACAUGAAGGACCCUGUGCACAAGCACCUCUGCAUCCGGAAUGAGUGGGGAACGAACCAGGGGCCCUGGCCAUACACCAUUUUCCAGCGUGGCUUUGACUUGGUGCUGGGCGAGCAGCCAUCUGACAAGAUUUUUCGGUUCACCUAUACCCUGGGGGAAGGCAUGUGGCUGCCCCUGAGCAAGAGCUUCGUCAUCCCACCAGCUGAGCUGGCCAUCAACCCCUCAGCCAAAUGUAAGACGGACAUGACAGUGAUGGAGGAUGCAGUGGAGGUCAGGGAAGAGCUGAUGACCUCCUCCUCCUUUGACAGCCUGGAGGUCCUCCUUGACUCCUUCGGCCCUGUCCGUGACUGCUCCCGGGACAACGGGGGCUGCAACAAGAACUUCCGCUGCAUCUCGGACCGCAAGCUGGACUCCACGGGCUGUGUGUGCCCGACGGGACUGAGCCCCAUGAAGGAUGGCACGGGCUGCUACGACCGUCACGUCGGCGUGGACUGCUCCGAUGGCUUCAACGGGGGCUGCGAGCAGCUGUGCCUGCAGCAGAUGGUCCCUCUGCCCGAAGACCCCCUGCUCUACAACAUCCUCAUGUUCUGUGGGUGCAUUGAGGACUACAAGCUGGGCACGGACGGGAGGUCGUGCCAGCUCAUCUCGGAGUCGUGCCCCGAGGCGGGGGACUGCGGGGAGCCCCGCGAGCUGCCCAUGAACCAGACGCUCUUUGGGGAGAUCUUCUACGGCUACAACAACCACUCCAAGGAGGUGGCACCAGGGCAGGUGCUCAAAGGGACGUUCAGGCAGAACAACUUUGCCCGGGGCCUGGAGCAGCAGCUGCCAGAUGGGCUGGUGGUGGCCACGGUGCCCUUGGAGAACCAGUGCCAAGAGGAGCUCUCUGACCCCACACCUGACCCCGAGUUCCUCACCGGGAUGGUGAACUUCAGCGAGGUGUCCGGGUACCCUCUCUUGCAGCACUGGAAGGUGCAGUCCGUCAUGUACCACGUCCGGCUCAACCAGAUGACCAUCUCCCAGUCCUUCAGCAAUGCCCUCCACUCCCUGGAUGGGGCCACCUCCCGUGGAGAUUUUGUGGCACUGCUGGACCAGUUUGGCAACCACUACAUCCAGGAGGCAGUGUAUGGCUUUGAGGAGUCCUGCUCCAUCUGGUAUCCCAACAGGCAGGUCCAGCGGCAGCUCUGGCUGGAGUACGAGGACAUCAGCAAAGGCAACUCGCCCUCGGACGAGUCAGAGGAGCGCGAGCGGGACCCCAAGGUGCUCACCUUCCCCGAGUACAUUGCCAGCCUCUCCGAGUCGGGCACCAAGCGCAUGGCAGCCGGCGCUCUGCACGGCGCCGCCAGCCCGAACGCGCCAGCCGAGCCCAUCCUGCUGGAGGUCACCAAAGCAGCCCCCCUCUACGAGCUGGUCACCAACAACCAGACCCAGCGGCUCCUGCAGGAGGCCACCAUGAGCAUGCUGUGGUGCUCAGGCAGCGGGGAUGUCAUCGAGGACUGGUGCCGCUGUGACUCCAGUGCCUUCGGGGCUGACGGGCUGCCCACCUGUGCGCCUCUCCCCCACCCCAUCCUGCACCUCUCCACCGUUCACGAGCCCAGCAGCACACUGGUGGUUCUGGAGUGGGGGCACUCAGAGCCCCCCAUCGGGGUGCAGAUUGUCGACUACCUCCUCCGCCAGGAGAAAGUCACCGACAGGAUGGACCACUCCAAGGUGGAGACAGAGACAGUGCUGAGCUUCGUGGACGACAUCAUCUCCGGUGCCAAGUCACCCUGUGCCAUGCCAGCCCAAGUGCCUGACAGACUCUCCUCCACCAUCUCCCUCAUCAUUCGCUGCCUGGAGCCCGACACCACCUACAUGUUCACACUCUGGGGAGUUGACAACACAGGAAGGCGUUCCAGGUCCAGUGAUGUGACGGUCAAGACCCCUUGCCCUGUGGUAGAUGAUGUGAAAGCUCAAGAAAUAGCAGACAAGAUCUACAACCUGUUCAACGGCUACACGAGCGGCAAGGAGCAGCAGACAGCCUACAACACUCUGCUGGACCUGGGCUCCCCCAGCCUCCACCGAGUCCUCUACCACUACAACCAGCACUACGAGAGCUUUGGGGAGUUCACCUGGCGCUGUGAAGAUGAGCUGGGGCCCAGGAAGGCCGGCCUCAUCCUCUCUCAGCUGGGGGACCUCAGCAGCUGGUGCAAUGGCCUCCUGCAGGAGCCCAAGAUCAGCCUCCAGCGCUCAUCCCUCAAGUACCUCGCCUGCCGCUACAGCGAGAUCAAGCCCUAUGGGCUCGACUGGUCGGAGCUCAGCCGGGACCUCAAGAAGACGUGCGAGGAGCAGACGCUGAGUGUCCUUUACAAUGACUAUGGGGACAAGGACUACUGAGGGUCGCGGGCGCCCGCUCUCACGCUGGCCUUCCCACGGGCGUUUGUGAGGGUUUUACACGUGGACCCGUGGAGGGGGAGGGUGUCACUGAUGUUUCUGGAGGCAAAAAUUUGGACUGGGGAGCAAAACCGACUGCUCUGUGCAGGACUGACUCAGUAUUAGUUUCUUCUUUGACUUGGGCAAAAGCCUUUCUAGUUAGAAGUCUUGUGGGACCCAGUUUUCUUGGUUUUGUUUUAUUCAUUUUGCCAAGAGGUUCCUCAGCACUGGUGGAGAGGGCAGGUUGGGAGGGCACAGCCCUCUCCUCCUGCCCCAUUCCUGCCCUGGCUGUGGGGACUGUCCCCAAGGGUGGGGGACACCAGUCAUGAGAGAAACACAGUGACACAACCAGGAUGGGAGAGCAGGUGAUGCAGGGUUGGGAAAAUGGAAGCAGGGCAUGCAGGUCAGGUGGAGAUGCUUAUGGUUAUGGCUGAGCUAAACAGCCACUGGAUGGCCAACAGGGCUGGGAUGGGGUUUUUUGCAGCUGUGAAGCAUGAGGUCUGGAUGAGACAUGGCCAAGUGAUGGUGUCAUUGGCGGGCAGGGCUGGCGCGGUGUCACCGUCUGGGGUGAGGAGAGAGGGGCCUUGGUGAGCCCAUCUCCUCAGGUUCUGUGCCAUGGUCAAAGCCCACGUGUGCUCCAAGAUGCAGAGUCCUCCAGAACAAAGGCAGCUUGGCCUCAGGGCCGGUGGUCAGCUGGACAUCACAAGCUUUCUUCUUGUGUGACCACGUUCCUAGGAAGUCAACUUUAAAAUCCCCUCCGUUACUUUUUGUUCUUUUUUUACCCACCAUAAUAAAGACUUCGAAGCAAUGUCAAACUGCCGCUGUGGAGUGGCCCAGCCAGGAGAGCAGCAGCCAGAUGGUAUGGACAGGGUGGCCAUCUGCACCAGCCAAUAUAACUGUGGUGUAGCCCAGGCUCUGCAUGGGGAAGGGAGAGAAGUGCAGGGUACCCCAACACGGUGGUUCAGGAUGGUCCUGGAAGGCAUGGCGGGCAGGCUUCUGGGGGUAUUGCUUGCCUGUGUUCGGGCUCACAUCUGCAGCUCUCGGUGGCUUUUUUUUUUUUAAAACCAGAGAGCUAGGGUUGUACUGGGACACCGGGCUUGGUUCGGAGCAAACUGUUCUCCAAAACCCUGUCACUGCUGAUGGUGUUGGAGGCAGAAAACAGCUUCCUUUCAGCUUCAGCUUCCAGCCCGGUUUGCAGAGGAGGCGCCUCUGGACUUGCCAGCUGCGCACCUUUGAUCUGGACAAGCCCGUAGCCCUACAGUGGGAUUUUUACGAUGCCUCUUCAGAGAGAAAUUUCCUUUUAAUUUUUUUUCAGUCUUGGCAGGAGCAGUCUUCAGCCUGUCUCAUACAAUUUUCUGCCUCAUUCCUCCUCCUACCUGCCAAGGACAUGGUUCGAAUAUUUGCGUGGUGCUGAGAGGGAGGCUGGCUGUGCUCUGCCGCCGGUCGCAGCCCACAGCGCUGUAUCGCAGCGCUUUCUCAACAACAGUAUCUCCCUGCAGGACCACACCGUGCUUUUCUCUUCCCUUUUAGUGGACAGACCUCUCUCCAGGGGCAGCUGGCCUGGACUGGGGAGCUGCUGGGAGCAGCCACCAGCAGUCAGUGUUACCUGGGCAUCCCCGUGUCAUUGCUGUAAUGAAUGUGUCUAGCAGGGGUCGUCAGGCAAGCGCCUGCUGUGUGCAAGAAAAAAGUCUGCUGGAUCCUUUUGGCUUUUUCUCAUGUUUGUCCUUAUAUUUUGAUGUGCCUGAUGCUGCCAAGGACUUGGGGCUCAGAGCAAGACCAGCACCACCUCCAUGCACAGAUACAUACAGGCAGGUGAUCCGUACUGAGCCGCCGCUCCUUUUCCUUUCAGCCGCCGAGACUCUUGGCCCAGACACCUCAGUUUAUCCUUUCGCUUAUCCCAGCAUAUACUGGGACAACUUUUAACUUCCAACCAAGCAGCUGUCCAGGGUUGGGCAAAGGGCACCUCCGCCCAAGGCCUCGGUGGGAUGCUUGAGCGAAGGCUGCUCUGGCCCUGAUGCCGGUUGGUUUCUCGCCAAGUAAUACCGCAUAUACGGCCUUUAUAUGAAACACAGACUGUUUUUCUUUGAGUAGCAGACUCCUUUCUUUUAUUGCUUACUAGGUGCAGCAGCAGGGACGGGAGCAGUGCCAUGUGCCAGCCACUCGCUGCGACGCUGCCAGGAAAACCCUGGACAUCCCAUGUGUUCACACCUGCCUAGGUUACUUUUUCAUCUGGCC